CUAGCCGUUUCAGUGUGUCCCUGAUUGAAAUCCCGUCUUUGGGCUCCUCCUCUCGGCUCCUCCGUCCCCUCCCUGCCCCACCACGUCCUGUCACGUCUGGCUGCUGCCCCACCACCACCACUGCUCGCCUCCUUUCCAGUGUUACUGUCUACUUCCCCUCCUCGCCGGAGCUCCGAGCGUUGGACUACAAGGCAGAGAGACACGCACAGCCAUGGCCGAAAACGCCGGCUUGGAAAACCACCGCAUCAAGAGCUUUAAAAACAAGGGGCGAGAUGUCGAGACUAUGCGAAGACAUCGUAAUGAAGUAACAGUUGAACUGAGAAAGAACAAAAGAGACGAGCACCUACUGAAGAAACGCAACGUUCCACAAGAUGAAAGUCUCGAGGAUUCUGACGUAGAUGCCGACUUCAAAGGGCAAAAUGUAACACUAGAUGCCAUCUUACAGAACGCCACAAGUGACAACGCAGUAGUACAGCUCAGUGCAGUGCAAGCAGCCAGAAAACUACUCUCCAGUGACAGAAACCCCCCCAUUGAUGACUUGAUAAAGUCCGGGAUCCUCCCCAUCCUAGUCAAAUGCCUGGAGAGGGAUGACAAUCCCUCUUUGCAGUUUGAGGCUGCCUGGGCUUUAACUAACAUCGCAUCAGGCACCUCAGCGCAGACACAGGCUGUGGUCAAAUCCAAUGCUGUUCCGUUGUUUUUGCGACUGCUGCAUUCCCCUCACCAGAAUGUUUGUGAGCAAGCCGUAUGGGCGCUGGGCAACAUUAUUGGUGAUGGGCCACAGUGUCGAGACUAUGUUAUCUCGCUGGGUGUGGUCAAACCCCUCUUGUCGUUCAUCAAUCCCUCCAUCCCAAUCACCUUCCUGAGAAAUGUCACCUGGGUCAUUGUUAACCUGUGCCGAAACAAGGACCCUCCCCCACCCAUGGAAACAGUACAGGAGAUCCUUCCUGCGCUAUGUGUACUCAUAUACCACACAGACAUAAAUAUUCUUGUAGACACGGUGUGGGCUCUGUCAUACCUAACAGACGGAGGGAAUGAGCAGAUACAGAUGGUCAUAGACUCGGGUGUCGUUCCUUUUCUCGUCCCUCUACUCAGCCACCAAGAAGUCAAAGUUCAGACGGCGGCACUGAGGGCUGUGGGGAACAUUGUGACAGGGACAGAUGAGCAGACUCAGGUGGUGCUGAACUGUGACGUGCUCUCCCACUUCCCCAACCUGCUCACACACCCCAAAGAGAAGAUCAACAAGGAGGCAGUGUGGUUCCUGUCCAAUAUCACAGCAGGGAACCAGCAGCAAGUACAGGCUGUGAUAGAUGCAGGCCUCAUCCCCAUGAUCAUACACCAGCUGGCCAAGGGUGAUUUCGGCACACAGAAAGAGGCUGCAUGGGCCAUCAGCAACUUAACAAUAAGUGGAAGGAAAGAUCAGGUGGAGUACUUGGUGCAACAGAAUGUGAUCCCGCCCUUCUGCAACCUGUUGUCGGUGAAGGACUCGCAAGUGGUGCAGGUGGUUCUAGAUGGCCUGAAGAACAUUCUCAUCAUGGCUGGCGAGGAGGCCAGCACCAUUGCUGAGAUCAUUGAGGAGUGUGGAGGACUGGAAAAAAUCGAAAACCUGCAGCAGCAUGAAAAUGAGGACAUCUACAAAUUAGCAUUCGAGAUAAUUGAUCAGUAUUUUUCAGGAGAUGAUAUUGACGAGGACCCGAGUCUGAUCCCUGACUCCACACAAGGAGGCACAUUCAACUUCGACCCAGCCUCCAACCUCCAAACCAAGGAGUUCAAGUUCUAACAGAGCCAAACUCAGAACUUGAAGCUGGCGGGACCCCCUGCUGCUCAACCCCCCCGCCGCCCCUCCCCACGAUUCAACCAUCACCGAUCAACCAACAACCCAGUUACCCGUGAAAACAACCAAUCAAGAUACUAAAAAAACCUACAAACAAAACUAGCACUGAAGGAUCUGAGAGCGCCUCUCUCAAGUAUCACCCAUAGUCAGAGCGAAGUCUACACAUUUCGUCAAGAAGAGGAAGAUUAAACCCGCCUCUUUGGUCAUACUGCAGUUGCCAAAAAAGGUUCUUGCUCUUUUUGCUCACAUACACAAACACACAGACUUGAGUCAUAUGUGUGCAUGAACAUUUCUAGGAACUUCUAACGUUCUACCAGCCAUCAUAUCAGCCGAUGAGGAAGAUGGGAGAAAAAAAGACGAUCCCGGUGUUUGAAGGCAGGGUUUUUUUGUUGUUUUGUUUUUUGGUAAUAAGUUCAUUAUUUUUUUGUUUACAAAUUUCUCUGAGCAAGAUGUCACAGCCCCACUCAGAAGUCUAUUGUAGAGUUUGGAAAAAAAAAAAAAAAAACACCCUAUCUUAAGACGUCCAGCCUCUGUUCUGUUUAGCCUUGUGGAACCUGCUUCCCCUUCUCUGAGGAGUCUAUGGACUAUUCUGUGGAGGACUUGUCUGUGGAGCAGUCUGGAUUUUUUCUUAGCAGAAAAUGGAGGUCUUUUCUUUUAAACAUGUGGUAUGCAAACAGGACUUGGAAGAGGCUAGCACCAGUUCCUCCUGUUAAUUUUUUAAGAAGUCAUCAUGAAACUAUGACUGUUGUAUACAAAAAAAUCAGAAAAUGACAAAAAAAAAAAAUCAGCAAAUCUCAAAAAUAAAACAUACAGACAGGAUGUCUUGUCUAACACGUUCAAGUUAUUUGACACACAAAGCCUCUAUGGCAGGAGAAGUUUUAUGGCGUCGAUUUCUCGGUUACCACAGUAACUGGGGCAGUGUCAGUGAAGGAAAGGAUGGCAUAGUUGUUGAACAUGGGAAGAUGUCAGCUCUGCAGGAUGCCACCAUCCUUACAAAGUGUUUAUGGAUUUUGACACGUGGAGGAGGCACUGGAUUAUUCAGCAUCAUGCACCUCUCUAUUCUGGAAUCAUCCAUCAUUUUAACUGCCUCAGAACAACAGAAAUAAGGAAGAAACCCCAAAAGGCCUUCAUGACCAGGCCCAUCUUUUUCUCUCUUUCCUCCUCCUCAGAGGGAAUAUAUUUUCUCUAAGUUAAACAAAUUAAGGCUUAAAUCAUUGGCAGAGAGAGACUUUGCAGAAAUGAUUGAACUGUGAUUUUUAUUUUUUAUUUUAUUUUAUUUUUUCGUGAUUUGUGGAGCUUCCACGUUUGCAGCUUUGAUUCAGUCUUAUAUGCACACUUUGAAGUUGUCCCAGUAUAUACACACAAAAAUAUAAAUAUAUACAUAUAUUAUUUUUUUGGCUAAACAUACAAAGCGACAUUCGCUUAAUUUAGACACAAGCAAUGGGAAAUGGAGAUCCAUGGCAAAGCUGUUUUUUGUUUUUUCUUGGAAUUUAUUUGCUAUAAAACAUAACUGUACAAACUUAAAUACUUUCUUGUGUAAAGUAUAAAUUGAAAAGCUGCCACACAUGCUAGAUGUUUGUCGGGACACUUGCGAACAAUAAUAACAUUGUGUUACUGAUUCACAAUUAAUGGGGACUUUUGUCUUUUUCUGUUUUAACAUUCACUUUGUGAUGGCAAACAGUUGAAAUGGAAAUGUGUUGGAAAUGGGCUUUCUAACUGUUGUGACUGGACAAUUCUUUGUUUUUGUUUUUUUUUUUUGUUUCAUUUCCCUGUGCAUUUAUUUGUAAAGGGAUGUAUGGAAAAACAAAAAUUACAUUGGGACUAAUGUAGUUGUGGUUUGGCUGCAGACUACUGAGGAUGAGGAUUCGAGGACAAAUGGCAGCCCUGGCAUUUUUGGAAUUAGCCAUUUAUUGUUGACGAACAAAAAAAAAACCUGCAUAGGUGUGAAAACUCAUGAUCUAGACACCUAGAAAAACCGAGCCACUUUAAAGAAUUAAGAAAAAUUUUUGGCUUGUAUCAGAAAUUGAUACAAGCUUAUUUCUGGUUGCAAGAUUUUUACUUGCUGAAGAAAAGGAAAAAGGAAAAAAAAAAACUAACGGGAAAAAAAGCAACUUCGCAUUUUGGCCUCUGAUUGUUUGUAUCUUUUUAUAAAUUUUAGCAUUGAAUUACUCUUUAAGGUGGCUCAUCUGUAAUUUUUUUUCAGCUCUUGUGCAUAUUAAAGAUAAAGAACGAGUUGAAAUUCAUUGUGCCUUUUGUUUUUCAUUUCAAAGACUGAAAGCAGAGCAAAUCUUUUUCUUAAUAGUUAGCGCUUUGCAUUGGAGGUGUUUUUAGGAUGGGGUCUCUCGGGUGUCAUGUCUCCGUUUCUCUGGGGUGAUUUAGGUUUUUUUUUUUUUUUUUUUUUUGUUCCCUUUUCGAGCCACUUUACGACAAAGCUUUCUUCUGUGCUCUGGACUGUACAGUAAUUCUGUUUUAAUUCUACUCUGAAUUUCCUGGCUGACUUGUAACUGAUCCAUUCUCCACCUUCACUUUUCUUUUUCUUUUUUUUUUUCCUAUGCACUUCAACUCUCCACAAUUCCAGUCCUGUCCAGCCCCUCUUCACCCUUCUUCCCCCUUCUAGAAACUCUCCAUAACAGGCCAUACUUCACUCAUCACUCCCUCAGGACGUGCUUUAUGUAUCAAUUAUCCUAACCAAAAUAAACUUGCUGUUAGCCAUC